AUGAAGCUAUCUCUUGUUACUGCUUUGCUGGCCCAGGCCGUAGUAGUAGUCUCUACGUCGUGGAAAACUCAAUAUUGCCUGUAUAAGGAAGCUACACUUGCCUCAGGAUACAGCUGCACAUGCGGUGGCGGUGGUACAAAACCCGGGAACCAGUAUUUUGAGAGAUUGUGCAAGCCGAUUAUAGCCGACGAGGAUUGGGUGUUCCCGGGCUGCGCUAGUGAUACAGGUACUAUCUACUGCUGUCAGAAAACUUAUUUUUAA